AUGGACGUGGAGUUCGAGACGCCGCGGGGCCGGAAGUUCACCCUCGAGGUGUGGUACUUCGCGACGGUGCGGGAGGUGAAGGAGGCGGUCCGCGCGCGCGAGGGCGUCCCCGUGGCCUCCCAGCGCCUCUUCCUCGCCGGGCGGGAGCUCGACGACGACGCGCGCGACGCCGCGCACUACGGCGUCCUCGAGGGCUCCUGCCUCCUCCUCCUCCUCCCCGACGACGCGGUGCCGCCGCCGACCUCGGAAGCCUCCGCACCCGCGGCCGUCCGCGUCGCCGUCUCGGCCCCCGCGAUCGGCCGCGGCGUCGCGCUCGACCUCCGCGCGUCCGACACCGUGGCGCGCCUCAAGGAGCUCCUCCAGGACCGCACCGACGGCGCGCUGCCCGCGGCGAGGACGGCGCUCUUCCUCGGCAAGGCGGAGAUGGAGGACGCCAAGGCGCUGGCGGACUACGACCCUCCGGCGGACGGUACGAUGGAGGUUUGCGCCGUCGUGCGCCAGCCCCCCGCAGCGGCGGCGGCGGGCGGCGGCAAUGGGGCCAGGAACAACCAGCAGCGGAUCGCCGUGAAGGUGAAGUUCGGCGCGAGGGCGGUGGCGCUGGAGGUGGGCGCUACGGACGUGGUCCGGGACCUGCGCAAGGAGGUGGAGAGGCUGCGUCUUCCCGUGCGCGACGGCGGCGGAUACUUCUUCGUGUACAAGCAGAACGUCAUGGAUGAGGACCGCACCCUGCGGUGGCAUGAGGUCAAGAACGGCGACACGAUCGAGAUCUUCAACGGCACCGUCACCGGCGGCGCCUGA